GGCGGGAUCCGCGCUCGUCUGCGACGAUGGAGGUGGUGACGGUGGCUGUGGCUCUGGGGUUCCUGCUCCUGGUGGGAGCCGCGGGCUCGGCCGGCGACGAGGCCCGGGAGGCUGCGGCUGUGCGGGCGCUCGUGGCCCGGCUGCUGGGGCCGGGGCCAGCGACCAACUUCUCGGUGUCGGUGGAGCGCUCUCUGGCGGCUGAGUCGGGCUUGGACACCUACAGCCUGAGCGGCGGGGGCGGCGGGGCGCAGGUGCGGGUGCGUGGCGCGACUUCUGCGGUUGCCACGUGGCCUGGUCGGGCUCGCAGCUGCGCCUGCCUCGGCCUCUGCCCGCUGUGCCGGGAGAGCUGAUCGAGGCCACGCCCAACAGGUACCGCUAUUACCAGAACGUGUGCACGCAGAGCUACUCCUUCGUGUGGUGGGACUGGGCCCGCUGGGAGCAAGAGAUUGACUGGAUGGCGCUAAACGGCAUCAACCUGGCGCUGGCCUGGAGCGGCCAGGAGGCCAUCUGGCAGCGGGUGUACCUGGCCUUGGGCCUGACUCAGUCAGAGAUCGAUGAAUACUUCACGGGUCCUGCCUUCCUGGCUUGGGGGCGCAUGGGCAACCUGCACACCUGGGGUGGCCCCCUGCCCCACUCCUGGCACCUUAAGCAGCUUUACCUGCAGCAUCGCGUGCUGGACCGGAUGCGCUCAUUCGGCAUGAUCCCAGUGUUACCUGCCUUCCCAGGACAUGUCCCCAAGGCUAUCACCAGGGUGUUUCCUCAGGUCAACGUCACACAGCUGGGCAGUUGGGGCCACUUCAACUGCUCCUACUCCUGCUCCUUCCUCCUGGCUCCAGGGGACCCCAUGUUCCCCAUCAUCGGCAGUCUCUUCCUGAGGGAGCUGACCAAAGAGUUUGGCACAGACCACAUCUAUGGGGCCGACACGUUCAAUGAGUUGCAGCCCCCCUCCUCGGAGCCCUCCUACCUGGCCGCAGCCACCGCGGCCAUCUAUGCGGCCAUGACAGCAGUGGACCCUGGUGCUGUGUGGCUGCUCCAAGGCUGGAUCUUCCAGCACCAGCCCGAUUUCUGGGGGCCUGCCCAGGUCAAGGCUGUGCUGGAGGCUGUUCCCCGUGGCCGCCUCCUGGUCCUGGACCUGUUCGCCGAGACUCGCCCUGUGUACCUGUACACAGCCUCCUUCCUGGGCCAGCCCUUCAUUUGGUGCAUGCUGCAUAACUUUGGGGGCAACCAUGGCCUGUACGGAACCCUGGAGGCUGUGAACUGGGGCCCCAAGGCUGCCCGCCUCUUCCCCAACUCCAGCAUGGUAGGCACGGGCAUGGCUCCUGAGGGCAUCAACCAGAACGAAGUGGUCUAUGCCCUCAUGGCUGAGCUGGGCUGGCGGAAGGACCCAGUGCCCGAUUUGGCAGCCUGGGUGACCAGUUACGCUGACCGGAGGUAUGGGGUCUCCCUUGGGGACGCAGAGGCAGCAUGGAGACUCCUGCUCAGGAGCGUCUACAACUGCUCCGGCCAGAUGUGCAGCGGACACAACCGCAGCCCGCUAGUCAAGCGGCCAUCCCUCCAGAUGAACACCACGGUCUGGUACAACCGAUCGGACGUGUUCGAGGCCUGGCGGCUCCUGCUGACAGCCGCUCCCACUCUGGCCGCCAGCCCCACCUUCCGCUACGACCUCCUGGACGUCACCCGCCAGGCGGUCCAGGAGCUGGUCAGCUUGUACUAUGAGGAGGCGAGGACUGCCUACCUGAACAAGGAGCUGGUGUCCCUGUUGAGGGCUGGUGGCAUCCUGGUCUACGAGCUUCUGCCUGACCUGGACAACCUGCUGGCCACUGACGGCCGCUUCAUGCUGGGCAGCUGGCUGGAGCAGGCACGGGCGGUGGCGGUCAGUGAGACUGAGGCCCAAUUUUAUGAACAGAACAGCCGCUACCAGCUGACCCUGUGGGGGCCAACAGGCAACAUCCUCGACUAUGCCAACAAGCAGCUGGCGGGACUGGUGGCUGACUACUACGCCCCUCGCUGGCAGCUCUUCAUGGAGAUGUUGGCCAACAGCCUGACCCAGGGCAUCCCUUUCCAACAGCACCAGUUUGACCAGAAUGCCUUUCAGCUGGAGCAGGCCUUUGUCCUCAGUGUGGAGAGGUAUCCCAGCCAGCCACAAGGUGACACUGUGGAACUGGCCAAGAAGAUCUUCCUCAAAUACUUCCCCCGGCAGGUGUCUGGCUCUCUGCGACAGACUGACCACCUCAAGCCAUGUUCUCCCUGAACUCCGGGCUGAGGCAGGUUCCUGGGGCCUGGAGCUGGGCAACUCCUGAGAGGAGGAUGUGUCAAAAAACAAAACUACAGCAAGCUAAAGACCUUCACUGGCUUUAUUUGCGAUUAUGGACUGAGACAACGCAUCAUCAAAUAGAGUAAGUAUUUUGAUGAACUGAGCUGAGGAGCUGGGUUUUGUGGAGGAGGCUGAAGAAAGCAGAAACAAAGGACAGUGAGCAGACUGGUCCUCUCAAGGGUACUUUCCUUGCUGGGGGCCAGCAGAUGGCUUCGCGGUUACAUCACUGGACUCCCAGAUGGCCCACCAUGGUUUGAGUUCCAGACCUGGUGGCUUCAAAAUCACGCCAGCAUGUGUGUGUG